AAAUUUCUCAAGUUCAUUUGCAUCUCUUCUCCUCAACAAUAUUUUAUAUGGGCAAUCUGAAUGACAAGCAUUCAGAUGUCAAAAAUUCGGAAUCGACUCCUAAAACAGUAAACACAACGAGGAAAUAUUUCAGCCAGCUAAGCCUGAACAGCCUUACAAACAGUUUCAGCAGGAAAUCUAAUAUCAGUGUACGUUCUGUUAAUACUGGAGAAAGAACAUAUACUUCUAGAUCUGUAUCAUUUUGGCCUAAAACCAGUGAGCUGCCUAAAAAUUUACAAGAAAGUAAAACCACAUGGCCUGUUCGUCGAAUUGAGGCAUUAUUUCUUCCUGAAUUUGCAUAUAAAGAAAGUUUAAUAAACUCAAAUUACAAAUUUAUUGAAUUCAUUUCUAAAGGUGCUUUUGGAGCUGUACAUAAGGUUAAGAAUAUUUUAGAUGGAACAGAAUACGCACUGAAAAUUUUAUCUAAAGCUAAAGUUAUAGAGGAAGCUAGUGUGCAACAAGUCAAGGACGAAGUUCGUAUACAAAGAUCUAUCGGUCAUCAUAAAUUUAUUGUGAAUUGCAUAUUGCAAUGGCAAGAUAAACAUCAUCUGUAUAUAGUUAGUAAUUAUAUUCCUGGUGGCGAAUUAUUCCAACUUUGUCAUAGAUUAAAGCAAUUUCCUGAAGAUCUUGUGAAAGUGUUAACAGCUGAGAUUGCAAUCGCCCUUGAUUUCUUGCAUAAUGCUGGUAUAAUAUACCGAGAUUUGAAAGCUGAAAAUGUUUUACUAGAUGCACUCGGUCAUAUUAAACUUAUUGACUUUGGAUUAUCCAAAUGGCUGAGUUUUGGUGAUAGGACAUACACUCGCUGUGGAACACCUCUUUAUAUGGCACCAGAAAUUUACACUGGCGAAGGCUAUGGGUAUGCAGUUGACUGGUGGUGUCUUGGUGUGCUCUGCUGUUACCUGAUGACUAAUGAGUACCCAAAGCUUCAAAUGGAAAAUGAAAUAGGCAGCGCCAAGGUAAUUCUUCCAACGUCGGUCGAAGUGCUGUCGCCAUCUGCCCAAGAUCUGCUUGGCCGACUGCUUGAAAUCAAUCCACGCUUUCGGUUAAGAUCAUUACUAAAUAUGCGUGGUAUUGCUUUUUUCAAAGGUUACUCAAUAGAUGAUGUUAUGAAUUUAAAGAUUGUGCCUUUGCGUCUAAUAGAGAUGGCUUUAAAUGAACCAUUUAUAAUAACAGAAAGUUCCCAAUGUACAGCGUUUGAUGGAUUUAGUUCAAGUCUUGUGUAGAUAUGAAUAAUAAAACUCUGUUUUUACUCGA